AUGCCUGCAUCACUUUUUGGCAUUCGCGUUCCGGCACUUUUGACACUAUCCCAAGCCGAGCGUGUCGUUCCCUAUUUCACACGUCGAUUCUCAAAGAUACGUCGAGCUCGAGUGGUUUCUUCCUCUUCAAGCACUUCGGCUCUUCUCGUCACACAACGAGCUCCAGAGCCAGCCAAAAAAAGAAUCUUUUUCCUUUUUCAGAUCAGCUUUAACACCAUCACGAUGCCGACCGUAGGAGAAAAGCAAUGUGAAGUUGUCCUAGUAGGCUGUGGAGCUCCCAAUCGAGGCAUGGGAUGGUACCACGCAGAACAAAUGCUGCGUGGCGAUAUUCCGUCCGCCAAGCUCAGCUACAUUGUGGAACCUUGGUUUUUGGGAGGAGGUGCCAGUGGACCGGGUGGCAAAGAGUUUGGCGAAUUUAAGGCCAAGGCAGAGUCCGAACAUGGUGUACAGUUUUUUACAAGCGUCAGCGAUCUGCCACCUGUGCAAGAAGGAAGAAAUAGACUGGCCUUAAUUUCCGGACGCACGGCCGAUAAUCCUCGUUUGCUUACCGAUUCUAUUGCGGCAAACUGUGCGACCAUAUAUCUGGAAAAACCCGGAGCUCCAACUGUGAAAGAGCUUGCCGAAAUGCGCGACGAAGCCAACACAGCCAACGUGAAGGUGCUGAUGGGAUACAACAAGAAUGUAUGCAAAUUUGUUAGCAAAGCUCGUCAAUACCAAGCCGAACACGGCGGACACAUUACGUUCGUCUCGAACAAUACGUACGAGAAUAAUGCCGACUCGCUUGGUGAAUGCUUCGAGCGUAACGCAGAAGGGAUGUUGAAGAACAUGGCGAUCCACGAACUCGCUUUGCUUGUCAGCUUUUACGACGUUUCGGUCGAGAAUAUCGCAAGUUGCCAGGCCGACAAGGAAUUCUCGUCGUGUCAGACGCUUCAAGGGCCUUCGGGAAACGACUUCACUGACUUCGAUAAGAUUAAAUUCACCAUCAAGACUAAAACUGGCAAAGAGGUGUCUGUUCAGGCAGAUCGCUGUGGUGGAGACAUUAGCUACGCGAAGGUGGAGCAGGAUGGCAAGGAAGUCUUUCGGCAUUCGAUGCCUGAUGAAGAUGAUGAGGAAAUGGUCGAAAAAUUGAAGACGCAGUACCCGGGAGCGAUGCCUUACUUUUUUAGUCAAGACCCGGACUACAUCACCGUGAAAGAGCGCGUUUCCAGCUACUGUGCGAAUGGUAAAGAGGCCGAAGGUGUUGCUACCAUCGAUGUUGCUGUGGAAACACUUCGGGUUGCCGAGUAUCUCAAGACGGAGCUCGAGCGGCAGCUCAAAUAGGAGCACCCUUCACUGUCGGUCUCACUCUCUUAUGUUUUACGGUCAAACGAGAGAGUUCGGCUCUUAUUUUAGCUUCGUAUUGGUACAGCUCCAGCAAAGGAUCAUUACUGUUCUCUGAGUCACCCUUGCAGAUUCGCUUACAGGUAGUCUAAUUCAUAUAUGGCUCAAAUUACGUUUACCUACU